GAAAGACUGUAUGUAAAUUCGUUUGCCUUUAAUUUAUUAAAGUAUUCACUAUCAACAUUUAAAGUUAGUGAUAUCCAACCGUUCAAACCGGAAGUGGUCGGAAACCACCGAACAUAGCCGUCUCCUUGCGGACAGUAAAGGAGACUGAGCUUGGAAACAAGCUUCAAAUUCGGUCCUCUUUGAGGGACAAGAACAAGACAAAUAUUUUGCGUUGCAAUGAGUGGUCGUGGUAGACAAUCCAGUUCGCCACCCCAGCAAGGUCAAAGACAGAUUCAGCCACUUAAUCUGGUCUAUCAAAUAGCAGGUCAAGGGCCAGAGGAGUACUCGUACAAUCAACAGGGAAUUGUCUACAACAAUGAAUUAGCUCCAAGUGGGAAGUUCGCAAUGCAGACUGGCCACCCCCAGCAAAACCAGUACAACAUGUACGCUCAACAGAGGCCGCAGGGCAUGUCAGCCAUGAGCGCAAAUAGCCAGCCAUUUUAUAGCAAUCCUUCCUCCCAAAUGCGGCCGCGAUUCAAUGCCCCAAGCAGUCAGAUGUACAUGCAAAAUGCACAGAUGAGCAUGUACCCUCAACAAGUCACUUUAAUAAAUGCAAAUGCGGUGCCGUUCCAAAUGACUCAACAGAUGCCUGGGCCGAGGUACCCAAGUGCCAUGACCACAAACCAGUCCAGUAUGUACCCGAGCGUACCCCCGCAGAACAUGCCUUACCAGGCCCACAACCCAGCUGUGUACUUCACCCAGCCACAGAACACUAACAGACCUCCUAGUGCACAGCCUCCAACAAAUGUGCAGAAACCUGCACGAAAGGGCAUCCCCAUAAUUGACCCAGUCUCUGGUGAAGACAUAACAGCCAACCUGAAACCUGCCAAGUCUGAGGCCAGCACCUCAGACUCAAGCUCUCGUAGUACCCCUGUCAAUGUAGGGGAGGUGAGUGUAUCACAGCCGCCUGCUGCCCAGUCUCCCUACAACCUCAACGUGGCUGCACAGUUUGCUGCACAAGUAGCCGCCACCCUGGACAAGGACAAAGAUCACGCGCACCACCCACCUGACCAGCAGGGCGCCCCAGGAGACUAUCCACACCCACAAGCACCAGCAACUGCUGUCGACAAAACACACGUCGUACCCCCGCAAGGACAGAUUAACACUAAACCUAUCACUGCACUGCCUGGAUUAGCAAACGGUGAAACUCCAGUGACAGUUCAAGUACCUAACACAUUACCAGCUCAGCAUCACACCAGUGUGCCAGAUUCUAGUGGUGGUUAUUCGUAUUCGUCUAAAGUGAGUUCAAAAUCGGAUGUCACAUUGCCUAGAACUGUACCAGCUGCCAGUCAGCAAGCGCCAGUGAGGCAGAUAAGUGCUGAACCAGUGCAACAAGCCACAGACUCUGUACACAGUGUAAGUGCCUCGGACACUACUAAAAGUGCCUCAGUGCGUACUGAGGCGACCCCAGAGGUGAGAGUUGUACCCCCUACCCCUGUGGAAAAGACUUCACCUGAAAUUGCUGAAAAACCAACCAAUUCUAGUGAGGCAAAAACAGCUGAAUCUAUUAUUCCAGGGAAAAAAGAAAAAUCAAAGAAGAAGCCACGUGAUAUCAAUAAGAGAGGAGAAAUGAUACAAGGCACCGAAUUUGAUGCCUAUGUAGACGACACUCCAUUACAGAAGGAGGAACCAGUCGAAAAAGAAAAACCAGCCCUAGCAGUGAGUCAGCCUGAACCUAUAGUUACCUCCCCUGUGGUCAUAGAGCCUGCAGUGAAGCCUGAGGUCUCCGUGCCAGCUCAUAAAGAAGCCCCGACCCCAACUUUUAAAGAACCUCUCCCCGUCACCGUCACCACAAAAACAGCUGCUGCUACUGAAGAUGUCGUUCCAAAGGUUGAGAUCUCGAUUGAAGACGCGUGUGAGAGUGAACAUCAGGAUGUCCUAGAGGACGACCUUGAGGAAGGGGAGAUAAGAGACGACGAGGAGGAGGAUGAGACCCUGGCCAUGCUGAGAUACAAGUACCAAGAAGAUCAGUGGUCCCCGCUGAACCCUGAGGGCAAGAAGCACUAUGACCGCGAGUUCUUGCUGCAGUUCCAGUUUGACAGCGCGGCCAUCACCAAGCCUGCGGGCCUACCUGACCUACCUGACGUUAUACUUGACAAGCCCAUAGUCUCUACCGGUAGGCCGUACAUCAAAGAGAUGCCCUCCGGCCCUGGAGCAGACUUUGCAGACUUCACUCCCAAAUACUACUGGCCUGGUGCAUCAGGUGGCAGUAAGUCGCGGAGUGGUAUGCCACGGCAGCCUAGCAACCAAAAGAACAAGUCCAGCUCAGCGCCCACGCGCCAGAUCAACCUCUCUAUCAGCAAGGACAUUGAGCUUCACAAGGCAGAGAAGGCCUGGAAACCUGGCCAUCUCGAACCCAAUAAGGAGAAGGAGGUGGAAAUUGACGAUGCUACUGAGGACUUGUACAAGAAGACCCGCAGUAUUCUCAACAAGCUCACACCCCAGAAGUUCCAGGUGCUGCUGUCCCAGAUGCAGGCUCUGAAGAUAGACACAGAGUCCAAACUCAAGGGUGUUAUUGACCUAGUCUUUGAAAAGGCUAUCAGUGAACCAAAUUUCAGUGUAGCCUAUGCCAAUAUGUGCAGAUGUCUUUCAAUGUUCAAAGUGCAGUCGGAUUCAAAAUCUAAUGAAAUGGUAAACUUUCGAGCUGUGUUGUUGACACGGUGUCAGCGAGAAUUCGAGAAGGACAAAUCAUCUGAGGCCGUAUUUGUAACGAAAAGAGAGGAAAUCGAAAAGUGUGAAGAUGCUGUCAAGAAGGAAGAGCUCAAACACGAUCUUGAUUAUGAAGAAUCUAAGGCUAAACGAAGAUCACUGGGAAAUAUCAGGUUCAUAGGAGAACUGUUCAAGCUGAAGAUGUUGACAGAGAACAUCAUGCACGACUGCGUGUUCAAGCUGCUACGGAGCAAGGACGCAGAAAGUCUUGAGUGCCUCUGUAGGCUACUCACCACUAUUGGCAAAGAGCUAGACAGUGAUAAGGCUCGGCCGCGAAUGGACCAGUACUUCCAACAGAUGGACAAGAUAGUGAAUGACAAGAAGAACUCGGCCAGAGUACGAUUUAUGUUACAGGACAUGAUUGACCUACGAAAAAACAACUGGAUACCCCGGCGUGUGGACAACAACCCCAAGACCAUAGACCAGAUACACAAGGAGGUGGAAAAGGAGAACCAAGAGAAAGCCUUCCUAUCCCAACAGGCUCAGAUGCAGAAUAAAUCACAGGGCGGUCGGGGAGGUCGUCGAGGACCGCCGAGUGGUCAGAUGGGAGGCCAGGCUGGCUCUGAUGGCUGGAACAUGGUGGGGGCCCAGCGUACCCCCCUCAAAGUGGACCGAUCCAUCGACCCAUCCAAGAUGAAGAUCUCACGGCAAAAUGUGGAUGACAGUAUACAGCUGGGGCCCGGGGGAGGUGCUGGCAGGUUUGCAGGCUGGGGCAGGGGCAGUACUGGGGGCACAGCUGGUGGACGUGCUUCCAUGGAGAAGGAGAAACAGCAGCAGAACACAGCACCCGCUAACAGGUUCUCUGCACUCAGCAAGCCUGAGGAGGACUCUAGUCGUCGUGUGGGAGGUAGCAGCCCUGCUCGAGGGGACUCCAGGGGGAGCCGCGGAGGCUUCGGUCGACCCAACCUCAGUAUGCAGCUGUCACAGGAGCAGGAGCGCGAGAAGGCUGUAGCUGCUACCAAGGCAAUUGUAGCCAACCAGCACCAGGAGGAGUAUGUGAGCCGAGAGGGGCGGGGCAGGGGUAGAGGCUCCUCCGCCGAGCCACGCCCCACCACAGUAACGCCCCCGCCUGCUGUCGUCCCUAGCAACAACGCCAAGGUGCUCCCACAUGAUGAGAUGGAGAAGAAGACCAAGGCAAUACUUGACGAGUAUUUCCAGAUACAUGAUGUCAAGGAGGCACAAGACUGUGUUAAGGAGAUUGCAGAGGCCAACCACCGCCACUUUGUGAGCUCGGCCAUGAACCACGUGCUGGAGCGCUCUUCGCAGUCUCGCAAGCAGACGGGCUUCCUGCUGCAUGGGCUGGUCAAACAGCAGAUCAUCUCUGUGGAUAGCUACAUCAGCGGGCUGUUGGAGGUGCUGGAGUUUGCAGAGGACCUUGAGAUCGACAUUCCCAAGAUCUGGCAGUACUAUGGCGAGAUGAUCAGCCCCAUGAUACAGGACAGCAGCGUGCCCCUGUCCUUCCUGAAGACUGCUGUGGGGCCGCUGUCACAGACCAACAAGGCUGGCGUGCUUCUGGCUGAGAUACUUCAUGAUGCUAGUCAUAGAGAGGGCCACAAGAAGGUUGCUGGUCUGUGGACCUCGUCUGGUCUCACCUGGUCUGACUUCGUUCCCAGGAAUCAGAUAGAGCAAUUCCUGCAAGACAAGGGACUAGAGUUCACAAAGGGAGGUGACAGCGCCCCCUCCACGCCAACCACAGGUCUUCCAAUCGUCCAGAUCUCCGAGAGACUACACGAGCUCAUUGUAGACAAACGGCUCAAUAAUGAGGCUGUGUUUGAUUGGAUAGAGUCUAAUGUGGACGAGCCGACAAUUAAGUCCAAGAAGUUCAUCCGGGCGCUCAUGACUGCUGUGUGUACCAGUGCAAUUAAAGGUGAUAAGGGCAAGGAGAAGUUGGAGCCCAAAGACCUGAGUGCCCGUAACGACCUGCUGCAGAAGUACCUGGACCACCAGCCCGAGUUUGAACUGCAGGCACUGUACGCGCUGCAGGUGCUCAUCACACGUCUCGAACACCCACAGGGUCUACUGCGCGGCAUGUUUGACAUUCUUUACGACGACGACGUCAUUUCGGAGGACGCGUUUAUGCAAUGGGAGAGGAGUGACGAGGAACCUGAGGGCAAGGGGACAGCCCUUAAACAGGUCGUGCAGUUCUUCACGUGGCUCAAUGAGGCGGAGGAGGACAGCUGAGGCUUAACCAGUCCUAGACACGUUUAAAAUUAUAUAAUUAUUACUUGUUUUUAUUUUGAAUUAAUUGCUAUUGGCUAUAUUUUUCAUUGAAAGCCAAAGAGGGCUUAUCAGCUUUCUUCUGCAGGUUUGCUUCGAGGCCUGUUGGGAUUUCAGUGAACAGUAUUUUCAUCAGAUGUUUGUUAUGAGUCAAUAUAUAUGAUAGGUAUUUUAUAAGUCUGUCCCUUAAGAGCUAGAAGAUGUUCAUGGAAUAUGUUCCAAACAAGCUUGGCACUUUCUAGCUCUGAAGGGAGAAAUGUAUUCCUAGAAGGUUUAUAGUUGAACUGUUGCAUCUCACAUAAACAUGUUAAGCAGAUCAGACAGUUUCACACUCAUCACUUUGAUUGUAUUUUUCUGUAUUUACUGCUUAUCAUAAAACA